CCCAGCAUCUGGUCCGGUCUGAACUUAACACAAUUACAAUGGGCAAGAUUAUCUUCUAUGAAGACAGGAACUUCCAGGGUCGUCACUAUGAGUGCAGUGGUGACUGCCCUGAGAUGCAGAACUUCUUCGUCCGCUGUAACUCCAUAAAAGUUGACAGUGGUUGCUGGGUGGCCUACGAGAAGCCCAACUAUUCUGGGUAUCAGUACAUGCUGCACAAGGGGGAGUACCCGGACUACCAGCACUGGGCGGGCUUUAACGACUGCAUCCGCUCCUGCCGCAUGAUCCCACCUUACGCUGGCAACUACAGGAUGAAGAUUUUUGAGCGGUCCGACUUCGGAGGCCAAAACCUGGAGCUGGUGGAGGACUGCCCGAAUCUGCACGAGCGCUUCCACACCCGUGACAUCUCCUCCGUCAACGUCAUGGAGGGCUACUGGAUGCUGCACGAGCACCCCAACUAUCGGGGGCGGCAGUACUUCUUGCGUCCAGGAGAGUACAGGAGGCACAACGAGUGGGGGAGCACCAGCCCCACCUUCGGCUCCCUGAGGCGUGUCACCGAGAGCAACUGAUCGACAGUGGCCUCCUUUUGUUUAGAUCUCCACCCUUCUGUUUCCUUUAGCGUCAGAAGUGUCGUUGGUGUUCUACGUUCUGGGUUUGUUGCUUCGGCAAUGCUCCCAAUGAAAAGUGAUUCUCCCUUUUUUCCCCUCCAACCUUCUGUGCCACUCGAAUCCCAAUAAAGGAAAAGUGGAUAAAAGUCAA